CCCCGAUGCCCCCCCAGGUGUCCAUCGUCCGCAGCACGACCAUCACGCUGAGCCCCAGCUCGGAGAUGGACGUCUCCCUGGUCUACAAGGGCUUCAUCUACCCGCUGCUGGCCGGACCCCCCCCUGCCCCCCAUGUCUCCAUCUGGGCCCGUGUGCAGCGCCUCCACGUGAUCGCCAAGCUGGGCCGCGCCCCCAACGCCCCCGAGCUGGAGGAGGUGGGGCGCUGGGCCGUGCAGCAGGAGAAGGAGACGCACCCCCUGCAGCGCCCGGGCUCCCAGCGGCUCUUCGGCAGCCCCGAGCGGGGCAACAAAUACCUGGUGCAGGUCGAGGGGCAUCUCAACAGCUCGGGGACCGGGCAGAGCAGCGAGCUCACCCUCGUCUGGGACCGCACCGGGGUGCCGGGUGGCAGCGUGAGUGACCCCCUGGGUGCCCCCCACCCUGUACCCCCUGCCCCUGUGUAA